GGUAGAUCUUUAACCAUCAGAAACGAAAAUGGCGGGAAGCUUGGAGACAGUGUUGGGCACAGACCUGCGCAGCCAGGUGCAAAGCGCGAAGAUCUUGGUGGUAGGCGCCGGUGGAAUCGGCUGUGAGCUGCUCAAGAACCUAGUGCUCAGCGGCUUCGUGGAUAUCGAGCUUAUCGACCUGGACACCAUCGACGUAUCGAACCUGAACCGACAGUUUCUGUUCCGCGUGCACCACGUGGGCCAGUCUAAGGCGCUGGUGGCGAAAGAAAUUGCGACGAGCUUUAACCCGCGCGCCAAAAUUAAGGCGCAUCAUGGUAACAUCAAGAGCAGCCAGUUUGGUCUCGAGUAUUUCCAGCAGUUUGCCCUUGUGCUCAACGCGCUGGACAAUGUGGACGCGCGUAAGCACGUGAAUCGUCUGUGUCUGGCCACCAAUACACCGCUCAUCGAGAGCGGCACUACGGGCUAUCUGGGUCAAGUGUUCGUUAUUAAGAAAAGUGAGACUGCGUGUUACGAGUGCACACCCAAGGUCACACAGAAGCAGUAUCCGAUCUGUACCAUCCGUAGUACACCCGAGAAGAUGGUGCAUUGCAUCGUGUGGGCCAAGGAGUGUUACAAGCUGCUCUUCGGCAAGACGGAAGACUCUAUGCUGUGGGAGGACCCGACCAACGAGGACAAGUCGGCCUUCAUGGAUCUCUGCAUGCGCGGUCCGGACAUGAACUUGGACGACGUCACUAAGCUUCAAGAAUAUGCGUGCGGUGUCUUCCGAGGACUGUUCGACUUUGAGAUCAAGAAGAGGCUUGAGAUGAAGACGUACAAGGCGGCAGCCAAGCGCCCACAGCCGCUGGUGUUGGAAGAAAUCAUUGGCUCGGACAUUGUGAAGGCUAUUAAUCUUAACGACGAGGCUGUUAUGAAGCAGACUGACAAUGGGAAGGUCUGGAACGACCGCGACGUGUGGAGCGUCUCGGAGUGCGUGACGCGCUUUGUGUCGUGUAUUGUCCGUAUCCUGAGCAAUGAGCAGUCACGCGCGAACCUUGGCAGCUAUGAAUUCGACAAGGAUGACGCCACUGCGAUGGAGUUCGUGACUGCUGCUGCAAACUUGCGUGCAUCUGUGUUCUCCAUUGCAAUGGAGUCGCUUUACAGCUGCAAAGGUAUUGCCGGUAACAUCAUCCCAGCUAUCGCCACCACGAAUGCUAUCGUGGCAGGUUUCCAGGUACUGGAGGCGUUCCGUAUUCUGCAGGCAGCGAAGCCCGUGAAAGAAGCAUGCAAGUACACGCUCUGCAACCGCUCGUGGAAUGACCGUGGCGUGCUUCUUCAGCCUAGUAAUCUUGAGAAGCCCAACCCUCAGUGCUACGUGUGCUCCAAGCACACAGUGGAGCUCGCUGUGGAUACCAACUGCAUGUUGCUGCGUGACUUGGUAGAUAAAGUACUGAAGAAGAAGCUGGGUGUGAAUGAGCCCACAAUUUCGAUCGGUGCUAACACAAUCUACGAAGAAGGUGAAGACGCCGAAAUGAGUCUGGCUGUCAACUUGGAGAAGAAGCUUGUAGAUCUCCCUGGCAAGGGGAUCCGUCAUGAUACCACCGUAUCUGUCGAGGACUUCUCGCAAGAUUUCCGCUGCAAUAUCCGCGUGUUGCAUCGUGACGAAGAAGAAUUUGGCGAGGAUGCAGCGGAGCUGUUCGCGCUAGGAGGAGACAUCGCCGAGCUAGCUGCGGAUCUGAAGGCGGAGGUGGCCAAGCAAGCGGCGCUGAAAGAAGCUGCUGCUGAUGGCAAAGAGGACGACAGUGACGAUGAUGUCGAGGUGCUGGAGCCUGUGGAUGCCCCCGUACACAAGCGCAGUAGAGAUGCAACUGAAGACGCCGCCACUUCAAGCAAGAAGGUCAAGUCGGACGUGGUGGACCUGCUCUAG